AUGGCCACCGAGUUGAACGUCCAGUCCGAGCGCGCUUUCCAGAAGCAGCCUCACAUCUUCCUCAACUCCAAGAGCAAGGCCAAGUCCAAGAAGGCUGGUCAGACCCGCCGCUGGUACAAGGAGGUCGGUCUUGGUUUCCGUACCCCCCCAGACCGCCAUCGAGGGCAACUACAUCGGUAUGCACGACUUGCGAAUUCUACUCCCGGACGAUAUUUACGGAGAUUUUUGGUCUUUUAUUCGAGGAAGGGGAUGGGGAAUACAGAUCGGUUGAAAGGUGGAACCGGAAUUAAGAAAUUUCGGGAAACAGUCGACAAGAAGUGCCCCUUCACCGGUCUCGUCUCCAUCCGUGGUCGUAUCCUGACCGGCCGUGUCGUCUCCACCAAGAUGCACCGCACCAUUGUCAUCCGCCGCGAGUACCUCAAGUUCACCCCCAAGUACAACCGUUACGAGAAGCGCCACAAGAACCUGGCUGCUCACGUCUCCCCCGCUUUCCGUGUUGAGGAGGGUGACUGGGUCACUGUUGGCCAGUGCCGUCCCCUCUCCAAGACUGUCCGCUUCAACGUUCUGCGUGUUCUGCCCCGCACCGGAAAGGCUGUCAAGUCUUUCAGCAAGUUCUAA